UGUUCAUAUUACUAUAAUAGAAAAAAAAAAAACAUGUAAAACCCAAAAAAGGCCAGGUGCGAAAUCGCUUCUUCCCUGGUCUGGUGGAGGUAGACAGAUCAGGGCCAGAGCAGAGCAAGGGCUUAUCUGCUUCUCCUUCUGCUCUAUCCGCAGGUGCAUUUAUUUCCAAUGUUCUAAUGUUUCCGAGCUAGUUCUCACGCAUAUGGUUUUCAAGCUGAAGUGCUGAUUCAGUCAAAAGGAUUUGGAGAUAUGGCGGAGAGCAUGGUAUCAAGCUUCUGGGGUCCUGUGACUUCCACAACAGAGCUGUGUGAAGAAAACUAUGCUCAUUCCUCAUAUAUUGCAGAAUUUUAUAAUACUAUCUCCAACAUUCCAUGUAUUAUUUUGGCACUCAUCGGCCUUAUAAAUGCUUUAAGGCAAAGAUUUGAGAAAAGAUUUAGCAUUCUUCAUAUCUCAAAUAUGAUACUUGCCAUUGGGAACAUUGUGUUCCAUGCCACCCUACAACAUGUAGUCCAACAAAGCGACGAGACACCUAUGAUCUGGGAGAUGCUUCUCUACCUCUACGUUCUUUACUCACCAGACUGGCAUUACAGGAGCACAAUGCCAACUUUCUUGUUUCUUUAUGCUGCUGGCUUCGCAAUUACCCAUUCACUACUGCGCCUGGAUGUCCUAUUCAAGGUACAAUACAUUCUCCUCUGUCUUCUCUGUGUUCCAAGAAUGUAUAAGUACUACAUACACACUAAAGAUUCUGGAGCUAAAAGGAUUGCCAAAUUCUAUGUUGCGACAUUUUUUCUGGGUGGCCUUUGUUGGCUGGUAGAUCACUUCUUCUGUAAGAAGCUUUCUAGUUGGUAUAUAAAUCCACAGGGCCAUGCUUGGUGGCAUGUGUUCAUGGGAUUUAAUUCUUAUUUAGCAAAUACUUUUCUAAUGUUUUGCCGAGCUCAACAACUUGGAUGGAAUCCACAGGUGGCCCAUCUGUUUGGAUUGUUUCCUUAUGUUAGGAUUGAGAAAGCCAAGACUCAGUGAUUUGUGCUUGAAAACUGAGAUUCUGUUUUUGAAAUUUGGAAGUUGGAUUUGUACAAAAUAUUGAUGUUCAUCUAAUUUAUGAGGUUUUAAUAUCAUUUUUUGCUUUGUAA